UACAGCGGAUCGGAUCUAUGUGUCAAACGCUACGUUUGCGACGGGUAUUCGUUAUCGUUGUUAUUAGAUGAUACUAAAUUAGUGCGUUAAUCAUUUGACGAUACAUCUAUGUGCUGUCAUUGUUUUCGGGGUUUAGUUCGAUAAAUAAGUAUUGAUGAUGACUGGGCCGUUCCAGUCGAUUGCGGCUGCUACCAUCCUUGGAUUUCACUUUCAUCCGUUCCUCGAAUGCUCAUUAUGACUGUGUCAUAAAUUACCUCGUUAUCAUAAACUUUUAACGACCAUAUCGCAUUAGUGCUGCCGGCAAGUUUGAAGAUAAAACGAAAUUAGAGCAGUGUUCGGAUAGCGGUAAACAAAGUACCUUUCUGGACCGGUGAUCAGAGCAGAUCAUUAUAGUUCGACUCAUGUGGCGCGGAUGAUACUAUUCAGGUAUUGAUCGAUGGCUGAGAGAAACAGCUACCUCAAGCUAAGUUUGCUUUGGGCCAUAUACGAAGCAAAACAGACGCGAAAAAUGAACGUCAAUUUUCCAAGCUUGUUUGGACUAAAUGUUGCACAACUUUCCUGAUACGACAAACACGAACUACUAGAGAAGUGAGAUAGUCCUACCAUUGAUGGCCACGCCUUAUGCAAGCUAACCGCUGGCUUUUAGGCCGCUCGUGAGUGAGCUGGCAAUUCGUCAUAUUCCGCUAACCUAACUGUGUCUAAGAUGAGUGCGACAUGGUAACACUCCAGUCUCCUGAACGUCUGCUCUUUUGAAUUGGUCCGGUGUUGACGCAUUCGUCAAGGACCUUCUUCACUGUAAAAUGUACGGCAUGAUUUUCAGAGCGUAUACGGCAGAAACACCUCGUACUACUUCAACAGCUUUUUGUUCUCAACGAAAGGUGAACUGUAGUGGAUGUUGGAAAUAUGCUUUUUUUCUUACCACCUGGAAUUUUCAACUUUAGGGGGAUCUGAAUCUGAUGUAAAAUUCCGCGCGCUGCACAAUGAAAUUACGAUGGACUUAUAGAGGAAAAGGAACACUUUUCAAUGGUUUAUGGAAAUAAACAAACAAUAAAGAUGAAUCUUAUUUCCCGAUUUUCGGUCUACCUUGAAAAGAAAGAUGAGUACAUCAGUGAGAACUAUGAACGAUGUAGAAGCGAUUCUCGAACAGUUGCUAAGUAAUCAGAGCAAUUUCAGCAGCCCAGACUUGGAAGGCCUGGGCUGGUAUCAUGACAAUGACUCGAGUCUCUACGAAAACCCACCGUCACAACUGUUGUUUGAGAGUAUACUGGCAAUUAUCUACACGAUCAUCUGCGUCGUUGGACUAUCUGGCAAUCUGCUCGUUUGUUGGGUAGUACUACGAAAUCGUCAUAUGCGAACUGUGACAAAUUUCUUUAUUACAAAUCUCGGAUUGGCGGAUAUCCUCCUCUGUACGUUAGCUGGACCCGUAACAGCUAUCGAGUACAUCCUAGAGGACUGGGUGUUUGGACAAUUGCUCUGCCAUUUAUUGCCGUAUUCGCUCGGUGUUAGCGUUUAUCUAUCCGUACUGACUUUAAUGUCGAUCGCCAUAGACCGUUACCUCGUCAUUUUGCACCCUUUUCGACCACGAAUGAAGGAAUUGACAUGCUUGUUCGUUAUCGCGCUCAUUUGGGUGAUCUCUCUGAUUUUAACACUUCCGUAUGGGAUGUUCAUGGCGAUUCGCCCAGCCACUGCCGAUGUUCCUCGUGAUAUCUGCUUCGAGGACUGGCCGGACGAGCGGUAUAGGAAGACGUUCACGUCAGCGACGUCGAUUCUGCAGUUUAUCGUGCCCUUCAUCGUCAUGGCACUUUGCUAUGUGCGAGUAUGCUCUCGGCUGGCGGUGCGUGCAAAGUACAUGCCUGGUGCCAAAUCCCAGCAAAAGGAAGAGCUCGAACGCAAACGUGCAAAGCGAACGAACCGUAUGCUGAUUACGAUGGUGGUGAUAUUUGGGGCGUCGUGGCUUCCACUGAACAUGUUCCAUGUGAUCAUGGACUUCAAUCCCGAGUACACGGCUUGGAAAUACGCAAAUAUUGUCUUCUUUGUUACGCACGCGAUUGCCAUGAGCUCAGCGUGUUAUAAUCCAUUUUUGUACGCAUGGCUCAAUGAGAACUUUCGUAAGGAAUUCAAGCUUGUCCUACCUUGUUUCUUUUCGAAAAAUGUCUUAAUUAAUACGAGUGUCCGUAAGACCAAUGGAAUCGAAGCUCCAAUGGAACCGACAGCCGUCAAUGCUGACCGGAGCAGCCGGCAACCAUUGCUUACCUCCAACGUUCAGCCACUCACAGAUCUGGCUGAAACGACAGCUAACGCGGGUCGGACAGAAUCUACCGUUUUGGCAGCAAAUCCCGUAUCUAGCUGUAACGUGUAGCCAUAUAAAUCGCCCUGUAUAAAUAACUCCAAGACAACAAAAAGAAACCGGAUCGGUAAACAAACGAGAACGAGAUAAGAUUACUAGCAAAAUUAGAGGAUACCAGGUAGGAGUGUUCUAGGUGAUAGUACCAAACUGUGACAUUGCGUAAUACGUCAUUAUUCGACGGAGUUAUAGCGGACUUUUAAUGCACAAAAGUGGGAGAAAACCGCAAGCAUAAACUACUAACAAAGCUAGUUAUACUGAUUAUUGGCUAUGUUAACUUCGAUAAUAAAGAGACACACAGUAAUAACAAUAAUGUCAAUAAUAAAUAACAUUAGGGCGCAAACUAAUAAACGUGGGUGACAAUGAGUGAAUGAAGUGAGAGUACAAUUGGAAAACUAGUAGAGGCAUGGUUUUUUUUCUGCGUCUAUAACUUCAUGUAAGGAUUUGCCUUUGGUGUACCGUUAUGGUGUACAUAUAGCCUAUGUACAAUCUCCUUUAUACUGCCGCGUUCGGCUCCAAGAGCAAAUGCGUAUGUAUUAUAGCGGUGAAGCGAUGGGGGCAUCUGGUCUCACGAAGUCUGGCCAAGACCUUUGUCGAACAACAAGUAAGUUCUUAGAUCACAUUACUAUGUCUUAUAGUACAGAAGCUAUGGCAAGUGGGAAGACCAGUGAUGAGGCAGGUGGUUUCUGUUAUUGUUCGGACACUAUUUGGCCUUUUUCUAUAUGUCCUGAUUGAGAAACGGGCCCGUAACGUAGCAUAAGCAGCAGGCACGCAACUGAUGCGGAGGGUAGUCGAAUCGAUGAUUGCGGCCGAUCGCAGUGUUUGCUUGUCAGUGAAUAUCAUGUGAGUCAAAAUCUGCAUAGGAAUAAAGCGUCUAAGUAGAAUAAAAGGUAGCACUGCAUAGCCGGAAAUACAAAAGAUUACGCUCGUGCUAUUUCUCUCUUUUUUCCAUUGCUACACCUGCUCCCUGCCCCCUUCCCUCGCCAACUCCUCUUUUUUUUUUUUGCUUAUUUUCAAAGCAUGACAGUCGCCGUGUGGAAGAGUUUGACAAGCAGGCUGGUUUGCACAAAAUAUUAUGUGAUGUUAAUGAAGGAACGCGGGGACGACUGGCUCCCUGAAUUGAUUGCGAUUGAAUUGGUAAUGCAGGUGGCAUAGCGAGCCUCGAUGUCGUCCCGGCAAUUUUUUUUCUUCUCAUCAGGGAGGUGUGCCGUGCCCCACGUAAGUGCUCCAGGUAGUGCUGUUUGGGUGGUGAAAAGAAAACGACCAAAGAAGGACGUGAGUGAAAAGUAAUUAGGUUAGGAAGUCGCUUAGAGGUCGCUGCAAGCCUUUCACAAGCCAAACAAAGCACAUGUAACAUUAAGUAUCUUUACUUUAAGUGUUUCACUAGAUAUAUGAAAACAUUGAGAAAUUCAUAUAAAAAACGGUAACAUCUAAGCAAAAAUCAUAAUGACACAGUAGCAGAAACACUACCUCAUGUUUGUUUACUAUUGCUAUGAUCAAUGAGAGUGGACUAUUGUAGCCCAGAAACUGUCGUUAGGUGAUGAGAUUUGACACACACAAAUGUUCCGUUUAUAUGCGGACUCUAUCUCAAAACUUACAGCGCGACCUUUAGCAAAGAUAGAUGGCAUUUUUAAAAUUUUCUGAUAUUGAUCCUUUGUACGACUCGGUAGAAUCUCAACUAUAAUAAAUAACGUAAUUAUAUUAUUCCAUUCAACAUCUUUUUUGUCUUAGCAUGGAAAUAGCGGUGGGUUACAAAUAAGCUAGGCACCAUUAUUUAUGCCUAUUGGCCCGAAUGCCAUGCGUAUAUAUACAUACAUGCAUACAUACAUGCAUACAUACAUACAUACAUACGUACAUACAACGUUCGAGACCCUACACCGCCCUUCGUGUAAUUUCUGAUGAGUGAUUCGAAUACAAAACAGCUGAGCUUCACCUAUGAGAGCCAAUGGCGCAAUGAACCUAUUGACGCACGUGGCAGAGACACAGGGAGAACACCAUCACUAUAAUUAUAUAUAAUUAUUAUUACUAUUCGUAUUAUAGGUACCCGAACAACUCCUAUAUGAAAAUAAUGAAAGAGAAUGGUAGGUAGCCGAAAAGGCAGUGGUAGAAAAGGUGUAUGUUCCCAUUAGAUAAUUACUUGAGAUGAUCAUUAUUAUUAUACAAAUAUUAUAGUUUUACUGUUCCGGAUAGAUUUAUAGAGCUGGUCGAUUUGCGAUUACAGAACAACGCCCUUUAAGAUGAAGGCGAAUGAAUAGAUAAUUUAGCAUACCACAUGGGGGUAUAUUAGGUAAGCAGUUACUUGUAUAUACUAGGUUAUUCACUUGUGUACGAUGGCCGAAAUAUGUACAUUUAUUAAAUGUUUAUUAUUGCUAAAUGUUAUAUAUGUAUGUAAUAAACAAACAACAAAAACCCGAGAGUGUCUAUUGUACCGAUUUUCCAAAACCAAAAAAAUAUGACAAUAAUGCCGAUGAUGAUAACAACAACCGUAGCGUCCAAUAUAUAUGCAACACCGUGUAUAUCUUUUAUUUUUUUAAAAAAAACCUAAAGACAAUAUCAUUGAAUCAUAUGUUGAUUUUAGUUCAAUGCUAAUUAUAACUAAUUAUACCUAAAUGUUAUUAUUCGACGAAGCGAUAAGUCGACCUAUUACAUAGACGCAAUUUAAGUAACCAAUAAAAAUCGCUGAACACUGUUAAAUGCCUAUAACACGUGUG